AUGCGCGGUGCGCGCCGGACGCCGCAAGUCUUACCGAGUCGCUGGCGCUGCUGUCGCGGCGUCCCCAACUCUGCGGUAAAGGCUGGGCGCCCGGGCUCCCUCUGCUCGGCCAUGGCCCCCUCGCCGCCGUGCAGGCCCCCGAGGUCGCCGCCGCCGCCGCUGCUGCUGCUGCUGCUGAGCGUCGCGCUGCUGGGCGCCCAGGCCCGCGCGGAACCCGCCGCCGGAAGCUCCGUCCCCGCGCAGAGCCGCCCGUGCGUGGACUGCCACGCUUUCGAGUUCAUGCAGCGUGCCCUGCAGGACCUGCGGAAGACGGCCUGCAGCCUGGACGCGCGGACGGAGACCCUCCUGCUGCAGGCCGAGCGCCGGGCCCUGUGUGCCUGCUGGCCGGCCGGCCGCUGAGGACCCUCAGCCAGACUGCCUCCUCACCAAUAAACACCUGGC